GUUAAAUAGAUGUACUCGAAAGGAAAAAAGCGCAGUAAGUCGCGGUUUUUUGCGAUGAGACCGAGUCGUGUGUGCGCGAGAUUGCAGUUGCGAAACGGCAGUGCCUUUUACGUUCCACCGUUUGACGAGUGUUACAUUUUUUCCUAUCGUAAAUCACCUGUGCGAUCGAAUCUAUCUGCACCGAGCUGCAUUUUUCUAUAAAUGCCAGCAUUGCACCGCGAGAAAUUACCACAGUUCUCUCUGUGUGUACUGAAUAACUGAUUUUAUUGAAGAUUUCACUGACCCCUCAGAACCACGCAACAAUUUGACAGACACUUUCAAAAUAACAACUAAAUCACCUUCAAACGAAUUCCAAUUUACUACAUAAAGAUCUAAACAGGUUCUUUUGGAAAACAUCUUCGAUCACAACAGUUCUCGUCGUUAGACGUUAGAUCGAUAAAUGCGAAGAUUUUUUAAGAAGGUAAAUGAAAAAUUCGUUAAUAGCUUCAUAAAACCAAUGAACAAUAACAAGCAGUACAGUGACAUUAGAUACACUGAUAAGAAUGAAUGGGUUGGCUGUUAAUAACGAUAGGUAUGCAAGUCUGCAUGUUAUGCGACUGAAAAACUGAUUCCAUGACGAUUGAAAAUUGAAACUGAAUAAUGAACUUGUAGGACUGGAUGAAGAUGUCUUUUAUUGAUGGCUGUUGCCAGAAACUAUAACUUCGCCAUCACUCGGUAUCUUCGAAACUAUGGCGCUUUGGACCAAGAAGGGUAGAAACCGAUCUGCGUACACGGAGGUAUUAGAUAAACUGAAGCGGGAGUUCUAUCAAAGAUGGGAUAAGAAAACUUUAUCUUCCAGUCAAGGUCUAGAGGAAUUUACCAAAAUCAAGACGCUGGGUACCGGAUCUUUUGGGAGAGUGAUGCUUGUGAAACACAAAGAUAGUGACAACUUCUACGCCAUGAAAUGCAUAGAGAAAGUACGUAUUAUAAAGUUGAAGCAAGUAGACCACACGCUCUAUGAAAAGAAGAUAUUAGAAGCUAUAAGGUUCCCGUUCAUUAUAUCUUUGGAAUGGAGCUUCAAAGAUAACAGCUAUCUAUACUUUGUGAUGCCGUUCAUAAAUGGUGGAGAAAUGUUUACGCAUCUGAGACGGAUGCGUAAAUUCAAUGAGGUACUGGCUAGAUUCUAUGCUUCACAAGUGCUUCUCGCCUUAGAAUUUCUACAUUUCUGUGACAUUCUCUACAGAGACCUGAAACCCGAAAACAUUUUGAUAGAUUCGAAAGGUUACGUUAAAAUAGCUGAUUUAGGAUUCUGCAAGAUCGUAAAAGGUAGAACCUGGACGCUCUGCGGCACCCCCGAGUACAUAGCGCCCGAGAUAAUCUUAAGCAAGGGGUACGGCAAAGCGGUCGACUACUGGUCAUUCGGGGUACUACUCUUCGAAAUGAGCGCAGGUUACCCUCCUUUCACAAGCUCAGACCCCAUGAAGGUCUACGAGAGGAUAAUCGCCUGCAAGUACAAAUGUCCGGGGAGUUUCUCGAGUGAGCUGACGGAUAUUAUCAAGAAUUUGUUACAGCUGGAUUUGAGUAGAAGAUUCGGCAAUUUAAGGAGUGGCGUACAAGAUAUAAAAAACCACCGUUGGUUCAGAGACGUAGAGUGGUUAGCUCUAUAUAAUAGGCAGGUGGAACCACCAUUCAGACCUGCAAUCAAAUCGAUGGGCGACACCAGCAACUUCGAUCCCUUCGACGAGGAGAAGAUGCGUGUCAGCGUCCAUGAUCUAUACAAAGAAGAGUUUGAAAAGUUCUAAGGAAAACAGCUUGUUGCAACUGGUGUUCUGUUCAAAGUACUCAGUGGUCGUGAUGUUUAAGAGAAUUGAUGUGUCAUUUUUAUAUGUGUUCUAUGUCACCGUUUUCUAUUAUUUAAUUAUAAAUUAAGGAUCUAAUAUGUGUUUGUGUUCGCUAUAAUGUUUUGUCAUCUCAAGCAACACUAUUUGUCUAGUCAUUCGUCGACAGAUUCGGCAUCCAGGCUACAAUAAUAAGAGAUGAUCGAUAUUGUUAUUUUUGAAUAUGUGUGAUAUCUGAUAUCGGUAUUUUUUGAUACCAUGACGUGAUUACCACUUUCGAAUAACUAUAAGAUUAUGGGUAUACAUACUGAUGUCCAAAGUACGGCGAUGAAAUCGCAAACAGCCAACUAACAAAGCCUAUGAGGCACGAUUUCACUUGCAGGCCACAAUACUCUCACGAUGGUAUACGAUUUUCGACUAUGGAGUAUGGACUAAUUGUAUAUGGGCCCGUUUGCCUGACUUGACCCAUUUACUUAUUUCUUUGUUAUACAAGGAACAAACUUGGGCCGAACAUAAACUAAUGGCAGCUUUGCAUAGGAAGUGCAGA